AGGGAAGGAAGGCUGCCCAGUCAGUGGCUGGCAGCCCUAGGUCUCAGAAGAUGGGGCUGCUGACAGCCUGGAGGAUGGGGUCUCCUUCCUGCCCUAGUCCCUAUUUCCAACAGGGCCCACCCCACACCUGCCUCUGAGAGACCCAGGAGGAAAGCUGGGGGGUGGAGGGUACCGUAUUCAAUAACGAAGGGAAAGGGGGUAUCUGCUUGCUAAGUCAGGAUCAGUGUUUGGAGAUCCCGGGAGGCAGGCCUUCCCUCAACCUCAUUCAGGUUAGGAGGGAGGGAUGAGGGGUGAUAGGGGGUUAGGGUGGUGUAGGAGGAGCGGCUCUAGGCUGCUGGAGGCGGGAUGGGGGCGGGAGGGAGUAAAGGAGCCGCCCCCCGAGCUCAGUGAGCCGGGGCCCUAGAGAGCUACUGGCCUUAGGGAGUGCAGCGGGGCGCUGAGGCUGGGAAGGAGCGCUGCUGAGGAGCAGAGCCUGAAGGGAUGGGUCCCUGGGGCCCAAGGCUACAAGAGGAGCAACAGACAUCCACUACCACCUGACAUGUCCCCUUGCCCACUGCACAACCUCAGCUGGCAAUGGGAGAACUCAACAUGCCCAGAGACCAACAGCUCAGAACCCCACCCAGCCUCCUCGCCGGCGAUGCCCAUCUUCUCCAUGACGCUGGGCGCUGUUUCUAAUAUCCUGGCUUUGGUCAUCCUUGCCCGGGCCUUUAUCCGAUUCCGCCGCCGCCGUUCUCGUGCUCCCUUCCUGCUCUUUGCCACAGGUUUGGUGGCCACAGAUUUUGCUGGCCAUGUGAUCCCAGGGGCCCUAGUCCUACGGCUCUAUGCCACAGGCCUGGCUCCUGCCGGCCCUGCCUGCCAAUUCAUGGGCGCCUGUAUGGUAUUUUUUGGUCUGUGUCCACUGCUGCUGGGCUGUGGGAUGGCAGUUGAGCGUUGUGUGGGAGUGACCCGACCCCUGCUCCAUGCCAGCCUGGUCUCGGCUGCCCGAGCCCGCCUGGCACUUGGGAUACUUUGGGGCAUUGCCUUAGGCAUUGCUCUCCUUCCCCUCCUGCAUGUGGGGCGCUACGAGCGGCAGUAUCCAGGAACUUGGUGCUUCAUUGGGCUGGCUCAGCCUAGGGGCUGGGGUGAGACUAUCCUGGCAAUGCUCUUCUCCGGCCUUGGCCUGGCCUCUCUCCUGGCUGCCCUGGUGUGCAACAUGCUCAGUGGACUGUCGCUGGUCCGGGCACGCUGGCGCCGCCGCCAGGGGAGCAGCCGCAGGAUGGCUCGUGGCGGAGGUGGUGGCUCCUUAUCCUCUUCGGCUUCAUCUUCCUUCUCUUCCUAUUCCUCUCCUGCCCCACGCCGAGCUCGGGCCCACGACGUGGAGAUGGUUGGCCAGCUGGUGGGCAUCAUGGUGGUAUCCUGCAUCUGCUGGAGCCCCUUACUGGUGUUGGUGGUGCUUGCCAUGGGCGGCUGGAGCUCGGUUUCCUGGGAGCGCCUCCUCUUCCUAGGAGUUCGUUUGGCCUCCUGGAAUCAGAUCUUGGAUCCCUGGGUCUACAUACUGCUGCGUCAAGCUGUGUUGCGCCAGCUACUACGCCUGUUCCCGCCCUGGCAUGAAGCCAAGGGUCUGCCCAGGGGAGCCUGGGAUGCUAGCUCCUUGCGCACCUCCCAGCACAGCAGCAUCGGCCGCUUCUAGGAGACUGCAAAGGACAGAGCUGUGGAGCCUGAGGCUUCAACCCAGUAGGAAGACCAGGAGGAGGUGGGAAAACAGGAAACUUGAGGAGGGUAUCAGCUAUUAACCGGCCCACAUGUGAGGGAGCGGGAGAGUGGGGGAGGGGGGGCGGGGGGCAGUCUCUUGCUGACCUGGGGCUUCCAGGUGCUGGCCAGGAGGGAGAUGGCUAAGGGUAGUCCGCAGGGCGGAGCCCAAAAGAAAUAAAGCUAUUUUGUAUAUUCCACGAGUGUGUGUCCCUGCCACUAAUCGGAUGAUGGGGGCUCCCUUCCAGGCGUCUGGGAAUCAAGGGUAUGGGCAUCGACGGUGUGUGGGUCCCUUCCGGCCUCUGACCAACGAUUAGGUGGCACCCAUUUCUGAGCCCAGGACCAGGAAGGCAGGAAGGAUCGGAGGAGCAGGGAGGCUGCAGUGACGGCCUCGGCCACGAGGUGGAGGCAAAGGGACCUGUUUUCCCCGCUGGGGCCAGAUGAGGGCAGCAGGCUCACGAUCCAAGAGAGCCUAGCAUUCUGGGGCUGGGUCACCCUUAACUCUUCCCACUCCCACCCCACAAACCCCCCACCCCCACCCCCGUCCCAGUCCUGGUGAACCGCAGUCCCAGGGAACCCAGCCCAGAAUCCAAACCCAACCAGGAGGGGUGGGGCGGACAACAGUGCGACAGGGGCCAAGUCCCCACCACAGACCCAGCAGGCGAAAGGAAAAGAAAGUAGAGGAGGGGUAGAGACCAGCGGCAGCAGCCGAUCUGGAGCAUGCGCAUAACUCCGCGGAGCUGGUCAACGCUUUUCCCAACCUGCUUUGCGGCAAAGCUGGGUCGAAGGCAGAAAGUAAAAAAAAAGAAAUCUUUGCCCUCCUACCCCUUAACCUAGCCUGGCCCCCUCCUUCACAGCCCCACCCAAAAAGAACCCCCCCCCUCCCAAUCCUCCCUUUGGCACCUCUUAGAAUCCCCAACUUCCUUUAAAGCCAAAGUUCAAAUGCUACUUCUUCCGCGAGACCUUUCCGGAGCUUUAACUGCUGGUGCCUCUCCUCAAAUGACUUUUUACAGUAUAUUUAUUUUGUACCAAGACAUCCAUAUAAGGAGAUUUAUAAGAAAUGCCAUGAGCAAGAAGUUAUGUAAAUUAAUUUAUAGAGGGGGAAAGCACUAACAAGAGGGAAAGGAGGAGACGGAGAUCAAGAAAGGCCUUUGGAGAGAUGAGAUGGUCUCUUCGCAGAGUGUGGAAGGAAGCUCCAGAGCAUCCUCAGACUCUCAGGUGAGGUGUAUUCCCAUCGUGGAGAAGCACUUGAAGGAAAAGGGAGAUGGAACAGUUAGCAAGCCAGAAGAAGUGGAACUGAAAGUGCAAACGACUCCGGUGACUUCCUAUAGCCUUGAAGAACCAAGCCCUUCAUUCCCCAUCCCCCUCCUGCCCUUCCUCCUGCCUUGGACCUUACUCCUGGGCACAAACUUUUUUUUUCUUUCAAUGAACAAACAUUUAUUUUCUUUCUUUCCUAUUGUCCUCUCUCACUGAAAAAAGGAAAGGAAUAUAAAACCUUUAUGACAAAUAA